UCCACAUCUGGCUACAUUGGGAGUCUGUUUCCAAAAUGGCGAUGAGUUUAGGUGGUAGGGCUCCAGUAAAGCGACAUAAAUGGUCGUUUGCUUUCUCCCCGAGGAGAAUUGAGCGUGGCACAGAACUGGCAUCUCCCCCAGGUUACAGUUCUUCAUUAGGGCCAGGACACAAUGAAGCUAGCCGUGAGACAGAAGCGAAUUUAAUUGUCAAGAAAUCUUGGGACGUUGCACUGGCACCGUGGAAACAGGUUCCAAUGAACCUCUUUAUUAUGUACAUGGCUGGCAACUCUAUCUCCAUGUUUCCCAUCAUGAUGGUGGGCAUGCUGUUUCUGCGGCCUGUCAAAGCUCUUGUAACCAUCCAGUCCACUUUCAAGAUGAUUGAAGGAGGUCAAGCAAUUCUUCAGAAGAUAGUGUACCUGUUUGGAAACCUGGCAUGCCUUGCCUUAGCAUUGUACAAGUGUUCUUCAAUGGGAUUGCUGCCGACACAUACAUCUGACUGGCUAGAUUUUGUUGAACCACUUCAGAGGAUCGAGUAUUCUGGUGGUGGCAUCAUCUUGACGUGAUGUCAAAAAGCGGUCACAGGUGCUAUUUCCUGAGUCAUAAAGUAUGGCAUGGAACCUACAUACUCUAGCUUCAUUUCUGUAUUAACAAUGUUGUGGAUUGUACUUGUGACACACAACUUUAGGUCCUGCUCCAGUCUACCACUUAGCAGGUGUGCAUUGCUACUAGGUUUUUGUUCUUUCAUUUAUUGGCCUUGUAGUGAAACAGUUGAAUGAUCUGCUCAGCAAAGCUGGUGCUUCCAGUACAUGCAUCUAAUAUGAAACAAUCUGGACACUUCUGGGUCAUGAACCCUGUACGUGCUGCAUUGACAAGAAAAGUAAAAUAUGCUUCUUUCUCGAGAAAUGGCAUCUGUCACACAUCAGCAUCACUUGGUACACUUUCAGUGCAGUAAACAUAGGGCUUAAAACAUCUGGAAUUUACACAUUGAAAACACUUGCUCUCAUGUUUAUGUGUGUCAUCUUUGUCACAGUUGUCAGUCUUGUUCUCUCCUAAGUAGUUUCUUCUCCACCUAAGUAGUUGCUUGCUGCCUGUCACACUUUCACAUUGUAGGUGUUCUGUUGUAGUCAAAAAAUAAUUUUUGGACCUGAGUCACCAGCUUCUUUUCUAUCAAGUUGUGUCGCCACAUCCGGAUCUUUCAAUGUAGCUAGCUGCCUUUCAAUAAUCAAAGUCAAUGCACAUUCACAUCUCCCAAUUAGUUUCUUUGCAUACACGAACUAAUAUGUGCAUAUACACUAUAUCUCUCUUAUUCGAAGAGCUGUAUCAUAUUUAUUUCACAUUUCUGUGGCAUAGAGCUAAUUUACUUUGCUGAGUAGACAAAUGGAAACAUAUGCUUACUGUCAAAAUUGUUGGGUGCAUCUAUCGAAACAUCAAUGUGAUACCCAAAAUAUAUACACGAUGUGUGUGUGUUUUUUUAGCCUUUGCAGAAUUUUUAUAAAGAAAGGCCAUAAGAGCAGCAUAGAUAUCCUUUUGCAGUUGAGUUCUACAGCCAGGUGGACAUCCUCUCGAGAAAAGUGUGCAACUACAAGAUGACUAAUUACUUAAAAUUCGUUAAUUAACUUAAUUAGUCGAUUUGAGGAAAAGGUGAGAUGGCAGAUUGAGAGACCACCCUAGUUGCAAGCCAUUUCACGUUUAACAAAUCUGGAAUCACACACCUGUGUUACGAUAUCUAUCCCUGAAUUGAUAUGCAAAUAAACCAAAAUCAAAACUGCGGCGACUGGGAAUGCGGGGAGUACUGCACUCAUUUCAUGUCGGAGGGCCACGUGAUUUGGAGCGAUGGAGAUGAUUCAAGUGGAUGCCGCUUUCCGGCCCAGAUAAGCCUGCAUAGGUGAGGGUGGCGCGCUCCUCAGGCGCGCUUUUUUCGGUUUCAGUUCAUUUGCAUAUCAAAAUUUGGGGAUGGAUAUUUUUAAUCUUAAAUUUUAAUCAUUUAAUAUCAUCGUAAAUUUAAAUCAGGGUUUUUUAAACAUGGACUGGCACUCAACAAGGAUAGUCUCUCAACCUGCUAUCUCGCUUUUGCCCAAAAUUGCCCUAAUUAGAGAGUUAAUGAAUGAAUUUCACGUAAUUAGUCAUCUCAUAGUAGUUACAUACUCUCUUCCAGAGGAUGUCUGCGUGGCCAUAGAACUCAACUGCAAAAACAUCUAUGUUGCUCUCACAGCUUCUUCACAAAAAUUCUGUGAAGGCUAAAAAAAAAACACCCUGUAUUCGCUGCAUUUGUUUAUAUUUUUUCUGGGUUCCUUCUGCCAUUAGAUGAACAUGAAUUUGGUGCUGCUUACUAGCACUAAUGUCAGUGAACUAAACAUUGAUUGGAUUAUCUGUAAGUGAAUAAUCCAAUAUAUUAUAAUUAUUUUAUCUCUAAGUGGAGACAACACAAGCAGGACUCAUAUUUUGGGUGCAAAAUGUAAUGCACUAUGUACAUUAUGAUUGAAUAAACCUCUUGUGCAAUGUUA